AUGUAUUCAUCAACUCGAAUUGCAAUUUGCGGAGCAGGUCCAUCUGGCCUUAGUCAGCUACACGCAUUUGAAUCAGCUCGACAAAGUGGUUCUCAAAUUCCUGAAAUAGUAUGUUUUGAAAAACAAAAUGAUUUAGGUGGUCAAUGGAAUUACACAUGGCGAACAGGGUUCGAUGAAUAUGCUGAACCUGUUCAUAGUAGUAUGUAUCAUAAUUUGUGGACAAAUCUACCGAAAGAAUGUUCAGAAUAUGUUGAUUAUCCAUUCGAUGAACAUUUCGGUCAACCAUUUCCAUCGUUUCCGCCUCGAUCUAUUUUUUAUGACUAUAUUCGAAGUUAUGCUGAAAAAAACAAUGUUCGCCAAUAUAUUCAAUUUAAUACCGUUGUUCAAUGGAUUUCUUAUUCUGAAAAUAAACAAAAAUUUCAUGUACAAAUCAAAGAUUUGAAAAAAGAUAAAAUACGAUCUGAAGAAUUUGAUUAUGUUAUUAUAGCUACUGGACAUUUUUCAACCCCUAAUAUACCAUACGUUGAUGGAAUUGAAACAUUUCAUGGUCGUAUAUUACAUUCUCAUGAUUUUCGUUUUGCUCAAGAUUUUAUUGAUAAGCAUGUACUACUUAUUGGUAAUGGAUUUUCAGCUGAAGAUAUUAGUUUACAAUUAUACAAAUAUGGAGCAAAGUCUGUUACAAUAUCAUAUCGAACUAAGCCAAAAGAUUUCAAAUGGCCUGAUAAAAUUAAAGAAGUACCAUUAGUUGUUAAAAUUGAUAAUGAAAUAGUAUAUUUUAAUGAUGGCUCGUCUGAAACAGUACAUGCAAUAAUUUUUUGUACUGGCUAUUUAUAUUAUUUUCCAUUUCUCGAUGAUAAUCUUCGUUUCAAAUUAUCAUCGAACUGUUUUUAUCCUCCGAAUUUAUAUAAAACAAUAUUUUGGUUAAAUCAACCACGUUUACUCUAUUUGGCUAUGCAACGUAUGGGACUUAGUUUUAAUAUUGGUAAUGUUUUAGCAUGGUAUGCUCGUGAUGUUAUUCUAGGAAAAAUUAUUUUACCUUCAACAAAAGAUGAAAUGAAAUCCGAUAUAGCAGAAUGGCAAAAAAAAGAAAAAGAAAUUCAAAACUUUACUGAUUAUGUUAAUUUUCAACGAGAAAUUGUUCUGGAUUUAAUCAGUGCAACAGAUUAUCCACGCUUCGAUAUUCAUCGUAUGAAUCAAUUAUUAUUUGAAUGUAUGAAAACAAGAUUCGAGAAUAUGCUCACCUAUAGAGAAAAAACAUAUGCCUCAGUAUUAACUAAUACAAUGGCCAAACCACAUCAUACACCCUGGUUGAACGAAAUGGAUGAUAGGCUAGAAAAUUUUAUUCAAGAAUAA